AAUGCUUUUCAGAUCAUGGACAUUCUAAAGUUUUACUCCUAUUUGUUUGCGCUGUGUUUUUGUUUAACAAGACCAGAAACUUUGACAAGGGCACAAAGUUCUAAAAUUUUCAAAACUGAAAAAGUUCAGCUCCAGAAGAGUGCCACUCUUUAUAUUAAUUUCCCAAAUAUAGAAAGACCAGUGGAGUGGAUAUGUAAAAAUUAUAGAUAUGAAUGCGACGACAAGACGUGCGAUAACACCAUUGAUUUUCAAGUGACACAGCAUGGGGAUAAUUCCACUCUUCAGAUCCAAAACGUUACGAACGAAUGUUUGACUUGGACCUUUCAUGACAACAACAACAACUUCGGAAAAUUUGACUUGAAGACAAACGGUUUCAGAAAAGCAGAAACUUAUGAAAUUACUCAAAAUAAUAAUGGUGCACUCAAUGUAAGCGCUACUCUACUGAUUGAAAUACCAAACAUGAAAAGACCGACCGUUUGGAAAUACAACAAUUAUAAAUACGAAUGUGAUACGACAUGCGCUAACAGCCCCGAAUACAAAGUGACGCAGGAUGGAGAUAUAUCGACUUUUUGGAUCCGAAAUGUAAUUAAGGAACGAUUGACUUGGAAAUUUGAAGACGAUAAUUUGGAAUCAUCACAAUUUGAUUUGAAGAUGCACAGUUUGGCAAGAAGAGAAAGUUACAAUAUUACUCAAAGUGAACCAGUUGCAUUAGGACACAAUGUUAUACUUCAUAUUGAAGUAGCCGAGAUGACAGGAAUUGUUUUCUGGAAAAACGACAACGGUAGAUAUGAAUGUAACCCGACUUGUUAUAAUUAUGGUAACUAUGAAGUUACACAAGUUGGUAGCAUAUCUACUCUUUUGAUCCGAAAUGUCACCAAACAAGAUUUGACUUGGCGUUUUUGUGACUUGUAUCUCUGCUCUGGAAAUUAUACUUUAGUGAAAAAAGGUGAAAAAACAGAAACAACGACAACAAAAGAUGCUGAAACAACGACAACAAAAGAUGCUGAAACAAUUUACUAUUCAUCUUUUGCAGGUGAUAAAACAGAAACGACGACAACAAAAGAUGCUGAAACUAAUGGAUCAGAAAACAGCUUACCAACCUAUGCCAUCGUCAUCAUUUGUAUACUUGGAUUUGUAGCCAUCGUUAUCAUAGCCUUCGUUGUCAUAUUCAAAUGCAAGGCAUUCAUUAAGGUCAAAACUUCUAUCACCCAGUGCGUAUCUGGUAAGAAAGACCAGAACUGAUAUUGGCCAACCUUACUACUGACUUUCACUGAUCCGGGUAGAAUUGUUGGUUUUUGCAUAAACUACCUCCAUAUUUUAUGUAACAUCAUCAUCAUCAUCAUCGUUGGUUUGGCAUCACCUUUUCCAAAACUCUGCUCCAUCUUACUCUUGCUUGUCCAAUACAAGCAUGGAAAAGUGGACGUUAGAAUGUUGUCGUUGUUGAUGAUGACAAUUGAUGAGGAUGAUUGAUGUUGAUUGAUGAUGUUGAUUGAUGAGGAUGAUGACGCGAUUG